AUGGCCCGAGUAAGCUGUCUUUUCCUGUGCUGCCUUCUCGGCCUUCUGGUCUUGGCAGUACCAGCUUUUUCCUACCCCAGUAUCAAUAACUACUACCGCGAACAAAGCUACGAGCCUGAAGAAAUAGUGGAUAUGUUGAACCGUCUGAACAGCCUCCUGCAAAUGGAACGCAAAAUGGAAAACGAGAAACGCGCUUUAGACCUGGGUCUUAGCCGUGGUUACUCUGGAGCUAUUCAAGCUAAACACCUGAUGGGUCUGGCAGCUGCUAACUACGCUGGAGGACCUGGAAGGAGGCGACGCGACACUCACUAA